AUGUCCUCCUUACUUGUCAUCAUCUUCGCGCUUGAGGUCACGAUCCGUAUCGUCGACACCAUCGGGGCAGCGACCAUCAAUAACCUGCUGUGGAUUGUGCUGAACUAUCUUCCGAUCGAAACAUCGAAGAAUGCCUCUGAACACAGAAAGCUACAAGCUGAGUUCUUGAAGGUCCGCAAGGAGCUCAACGCCACCAGUAGCCAGGACCAGUUUGCAAAAUGGGCGAAGCUGCGAAGGUCCCAUGAUAAGCUAUUGGAGCAGCUGGAAGCUAGCAAGAAGUCCCUUGAGACAUCGAGAUCCAAGUUCGACCGCUACAUCAUGAUUUUCCGAAUGCUUGUCACCCGAGUCCCCCAAUAUGCCCUGCCCUUCUGGUACGCCAAGCAGCCGAUGUUCUGGCUCCCCUACGGCUGGUUCCCCUAUUACGUUGAAUGGCUCCUUUCAUUCCCCCGAGCACCCAUCGGCAGCGUCAGCAUAGUGUCAUGGCAGCUGGCGUGCACGGGAACCAUCGCUCUGCUUAGCGAGUUGAUCGGCUCCAUUGUCAGCCCCGUCCUGGCUGCGAAACAGGCGAAAGGAGCGCCUAUGGCCACGGAGAUGCCGUCAUCUGGUGCAAGGGCGAAGGAGGAAGAGAAGAGCAGGAAGGAAUUGUAA